GUUUUUGCCACUGAAUUGGCUGCACUAGUUUAUAGAGUUCAUCUCUCUCGUAUGUAUGCGCUACGUACGUAUGCAUUUUUAAGAAUAUAGUUGACGGUCCCUCCGAGAAAACUUUCAUGUUUAUUAAGAAAGUGUUCCGGGCACUUAGAAGAAAUUUACAAAAAGAGUUCGCCUCCAGUUAACAAGAAUAAGAACGUAAAUAAGCAUGGGAAAGCACGAAGUAGGCACGCCAAAAUACAUCGCUAAUAAAAUCAAGGCGAAGGGAUUGCAGAAGUUAAGGUGGUAUUGUCAAAUGUGCCAGAAGCAAUGUCGGGACGAGAAUGGAUUCAAGUGCCACACAAUGUCGGAGUCGCAUCAUCGUCAGCUGUUACUGUUUGCUGAAAAUUCGCAUCGGUACAUGGAUCAAUUCUCACGGGAAUUUUCACAGGGGUAUCUGAAUCUAUUGAAGAGACAAUUUGGCACCAGACGAGUGCCGGCGAAUCGUGUUUACCAGGAGUACAUUUCCGAUAGAGGACACAUACACAUGAAUGCGACUCAGUGGCUUACUUUGACAGCUUUUGUAAAAUGGCUCGGGCGUACUGGACAGUGCGUCGUCGACGAAACUGAAAAAGGCUGGUUUAUAACGUAUAUCGAUAGAGAUCCCGAGACACUUGCUGCACAAGAGAAAAAGGCGAAGAAGGAGAAAAUGGACAAGGACGAUGAGGAGCGACUGAUGGAUUUUAUUGAUAAGCAAAUAGAAAAAGCAAAGCAGGAUACGAAGGAAGAGGAGGGCGAGACAUCUAAGACACCACUGAUGCGUCCCGAAAAUGAUACACCUUUAGUCCUUGAUAUAAAGCUGAAGCCAAAACCAAAGUUGCUUCCUGUACUUGAAAUCAAGCGGGAGAAGAUAAAAAGUGAAGAUAGCUCCAGUAAAUCAAUCGGUGAAAAAGAUGAAAAACCCAAGAGAUCCAAUGAUAAUGAUGAGACAAAGUCUGUCAAGAAAUUAAAAGCCGGCGAUAGUUUGCCAGCGGUUGAAGGCUGGCUUAGGGAAGGUUUAAUGGUUAAAGUAACCACGACGAGUCUGGGUAACAAAUAUUUCAAAGCUAAAGGACUUGUUCAAGCGGUUGAAAAAGACAAUUUUGUCGGUAAAGUGAAACUGAAGACACCGGAAGAAGUUAACGGACAUAUUGUACGACUGGAUCAAGAAUAUUUGGAGACAGUAAUUCCCGCAAUAGGUAAAAAAGUCCUGAUUCUCUGGGGAAAGCAUAAAGGCAUGCGAGCAACAGUGAAGGAGUUGCACAUAGAGCACUACAGCAUAGACGUUGAACUGGAAAACGACAAGAAGAUUGUGAAGAAACUUGCGUAUGAACAGGUAUGCAAGUAUAUCGAUUGAGAAGCAAUCGCAUGUGGAGAAGGAAUACUAGGAAAAAGAUAUUAUAUUUUUAUAUCGGUAAUAUCCUACAUACUCUCAUUGCAUUAUCCUAAAGGAGCACCUGCGUACAAAUUUAAGUUGAAUAAGAAAUUCAAGCUUGUGUGUGUGUGUGUGUGUUGUAUAAAGCAUACAAUAAAAUUUGCAUUACACAAGGCAAUUUGGGAAACAACUUUUUGUGAAACGUUUAUUUAAGACAAAUUUCUUUUUAUUGAUAUUACAUAUUUAAUAAAAUCAAUUACAUUUUAUUAAAAACAUAUCAGUGUUUGGAGUGUAAAAAGAAAUUGGAGCAAUUUAAAGAUCCUGUUCUCGACGAAAAUAUAAGACUAUAACUUGAGCAUUGAACUGCGACAUGAUUACUUUUGUAUCUAAUAUUGCUUGUUAAGUUAAGAAAUAAUAAGUGUAAAAAGUAAAAUAGUGUUAAGAAAUAAAUGUACAUAUAAAUAUAACCUUUUUUUAUUGGGAUAUAUCAGAAUUUUUUAAAUCUUGUGUUACUCUCGAUGACAUAUUCAUCUUUUAUAUUAUUAUAUAUCUUGAACAGCAAACAUGAACUAUAUUAUUUACUUUGUAUGUAUCCAACGAUACAUAAAUUUCUCUUCCAAGCACUUUUAUAUUACAUAUACUCUGUAAAAAAAAAUUUUACUAUAUAACAAUCUACAUUAUAAAAUG